AUGGGAUCAGCUUCCUCCUCAUACCCCUCUCGAGCCCUCUACCUCGACGUGGACGGCAAAGUGCAAAAGGUUAUUUUUAGCCAACACUGCAGUCCUUAUGAUAUCAGAGAACUUCUGUGUUCCUCCUCCAACAUUGCAAGAAACACAGCCAUAUCCCUAAUUGAUCCUGAUGGAGCCUUGGUGUCCAUAGAUCCCACUAUGCCCUCUAACUCCCCAAGCUUUUUAUACAGAGUCGUGCCCCAGGCGUCAGGCCAAGCAGCAGAGAAGGAGGACAUGUUUCAGAAUGUACUCACCCAGGUAGCAGAGCAGUUCAGCAGGGCCUUCAGGAUCAAUGAGCUGAAAACAGAGGUCACGAACAGACUGGCCAUGCUGGAGAAGAGAGUUGAGUUGGAGGGCCUGAAGGUACUGGAGAUUGAGAAAUGCAAGAAUGACCUGAGGAAGUUACGGGAUGAGAUGACCUCAAGGGGAGGAGGAAGAAUAAACUGUGCCUGCAAGUACAACUUCUCCGACGACGGCAAAAAGCUGUCUCCUAGGCGCGAUGUCCCAAGCUAUCCAAAGUACACUCUGUCCCAGGAGACCAUUGAGGCUCUGAAGAAGCCCACGUUUGACGUCUGGCAUUGGGAGCAUAAUGAGAUGCUGAGCUGUUUAGAGUACAUGUACCAUGACCUGGGGUUGGUGAAGGAGUUCAACAUGAAUCCCAUCACACUGAAAAGAUGGCUGUUGAGCAUUCAGGAGAAUUACCGUGAGAACCCCUUCCACAACUUCCGCCACUGCUUCUGCGUCAGUCAGAUGAUGUACGGCAUGAUUCAUCUUUGCAACCUGCAGGAGAAGCUGACGAUGACGGACAUGUGUAUCCUCAUGACGGCGGCAGUGUGCCAUGAUCUGGAUCACCCCGGCUACAACAACACGUACCAGAUAAACGCGCGGACUGAGCUGGCUGUGAGGUACAAUGACAUCUCGCCUCUGGAGAAUCACCACUGUGCCGUGGCCUUCCAAAUCAUCUCACUGCCAGAGUGCAACAUCUUUGCCAACUGCGAACCCGAGGUGUUCAAAGAAGUUCGUCAGGCCAUCAUUACCCUCAUAUUGGCCACAGACAUGGCGCGACAUGGCGAGAUUCUUGAUUCAUUCAAGAAGAAAGUGGAUAACUUUGAUUUUACCAACGAGGACCAUGUCAAAUGUCUUAAGAUGGUGUUGAUAAAGUGCUGUGACAUCUCCAAUGAGGUGCGGCCCACUGAGGUGGCAGAGCCGUGGGUGGACUGCUUACUGGAGGAAUACUUUAUGCAGAGUGACAGGGAGAAGUCUGAAGGGCUGCCUGUCGCUCCAUUCAUGGACAGGGACAAAGUCACCAAGCCAACCGCACAGAUCGGCUUCAUCAAGUUCGUUUUGAUACCCAUGUUCGAGACAGUCAUGAAGCUCUUCCCUCAGAUUGAGGAGAUUAUGGUGCAGCCAUUACGGGACUCCCGCGACCACUACGAGGAACUGAAACAGAUUGAUGACGCCAUGACUGAGACACAGAAGAAAAAGACUGACAGCAUGCCCCUGGGAGGAAAGAAGAAAUAAUCCAACCUCAUUUUAUGAUUUCGUUGAAGAGUACUGCAGGGCACUGCACCAAGGAUCCACAUAUCGAAGCUUGUUCAUGCCAGCCUUAACCACUGACACCUCCCUUGCAAAAUGGACAAGAGUUUCCAAUGACGCCAAGAGUUGUUCACAGGACCAAUGUACCAGUGACCCUAAAGCUCAUCUGUGGCAGAUACAUGCAGAUGCUGUGAUUUUACCGGAAUUUAUUUGAACUUUUUUUAUUUAUUUAUUUAUUUAUUUAGCACUUUUUUAUUUCAUUGAUACAA